CUCUUCCCUCCCUCAGCGACGAAGGGCGGGAGCGGCCCCUGAGAAAGCACAGCCGCGACGCCGCUUUCCCCGGCGGCCAGCCUCGGGCGGGGAGCCUGGCCGCCGCCCGGCUCCUCCCCGCCCCGCGGCCCGCCGAGCCACCCCCCGCCGCUUUCGCCGCUCCCGCCACGCCUCAGCCCAGCGUCCCCGUCCGCUCUCGCCAUGCGGCUCUGGGUGCUCCUCAGCCUGCUGCUGCUGCAGGAAACGCUGCCGCACGUUAUUGGACAGUCUGCAAAGAGUAAGCGUCCAAAAGAGCCUGGGGAAAACAAAAUUAAGCCUGUCAACAAAAGAGUAAAACCCAAAACCCCCAAAAUGAAGGAGAGAGAAUCUGCUGACUCCUCUUUGAAGUCCCAGUCCAUACUGACACAGGUGAUGGAUAAAGGUCAUUUCCAGAAGCUAGCUGCCACUUUAAGCCUGUCUGCAGGACAAAGCAUAGAACUGCGGUGUAAGGGGAGUAAUGUUACUUGGAACUAUCCUUCAUACUUAGAUACCUUUAAAGACUCCAGACUCAGUAUAAAGCAGCUUGACAGGUACGGUCAGCUGAUCCUCACAAACUCCACUGCAGCAGACACAGGUGAAUAUAGCUGCUGGCUUCAGCUCUGCAAUGGGAACAAAUGCAGGAAGGAUGAGACUAAAACAGGUUCAACAUACAUCUUUUUCACAGAUAAAGAGGAACUUUUUGUACCUACUCCCAGUUAUUUUGAGAUUGUCUACCUGAGCCCAGAUAAACCUGCAGUCAUCCCAUGCCGUGUUACUACUCCUUCAGCAAAAGUAACUCUACACAGGGAAUUUCCAGCAGAAGAAAUUGAAACAGAUGGAACUGAUAUUAUUUAUGAUGUGAAGAAGGGUUUUGUCUACCAGCACCCUACUUCUGAUCAUAAAGGUAUUGUCUACUGCAAAGCAGAGUCACAGGGAGCACCUCAGAUUUCCAUCAAGUAUCAUCUACUGUAUGUGGAAGUUCCGAAGGGCCCGCCCUCAACCACAAUUGCAGCGUCAUCCAACAGAGCAGAAGUCAGUGACAGCGUUCAUGUAAUCUGCACAGUCCUUGGGGAGCCAGAUGUAGACGUGAGCUUCAGGUGGCAGUACCCAGGGCAAGAGUCUGAGAGGCCUGUGAUUAUCCAAAACUUCUGGAGACUGAUAAACAGAGGAACUGGACAUACCACAAGAAUCUCAAAGAGUGUUCUCAUUGUUGAGGAUUUUGACGCCAGAGAUGCUGGAAACUACAUUUGCAUAGCUCAGAACCUACAAGGAGAAACAACAGUAGCUACUAAAGUUGAACUAAAUUGAUAGGGAAGGAUUCUGGACAUAGAAUGAACUGUAUGUUAUUUGACACUAUAGCCAUUUAUUUUCUUUCUUAAUGUUUAAAUGAAGCUUUCUCUAUCACUGUCUCUUUUCAUGUGUCAAAGCAUUCCAUAUUCACUAGCUUGACAGGCCACAACAGCAUUCCCUAUGCCCAGCAGUAGUCAGUUAAUAAAACUACUAUGAAGCAUUAAUGUUUAAGCCUGAACAUGCAUAGGGCUUAUUAUAUUUAGGAAUAGGUGGUCUUGGAGUUUCCUUUGCAUAUGCCCUUUUUGCUCAAACUCUUUCAUAAGGUUAACCCGCUGUAGGGUUUGUGCCUUUUUUUGUGUGUAUCUGAGAACUGAGAUGAUAUUAAAUAUCCUCAAAAAAAAUCCACCAAGUACAUGUAGCUCUUCUGCUGCUAAGCAAUUUUAAAGUUCUGCCUAUGUUUAAAAUGACAACAAAAACAAACAAAAAAAACCCCAAACCUUGUAACAGAAUUAGCCAAUAGCAAAUGUUUGUUUUGCAAGAAUAAUUAAAUUUCUGAACAUUAUGAAAACCUAAA